UUGGCCCACCCAGUCGCCCAGCUCUGAGUUUUCACUGGGUGUCUUGGUGCUGCUGGCUGUCCUCAUGGUGCUGCUGUGUCUGGUGACCAUCCUUGGAAACAUCCUGGUGAUCCUUGCUUUCGUUAUGGACAGGAACCUCAGGCAUCGGAGUAACUAUUUCUUUCUGAAUCUUGCUGUUUCUGACUUUGCAGUGGGUGCAUUCUGCAUGCCGUUGUACAUCCCUUAUGCCCUGACAGGGACAUGGCAUUUGGGAAGAAGCCUGUGCAAGCUCUGGCUGGUCAUGGAUUAUCUCCUCUGCACAGCUUCAGUAUUUAACAUAGUUCUUAUCAGCUAUGACCGUUUCCUGUCAGUUACAAAAGCUGUGUCUUACAGAGCCCGGCAAGGAAUAAUGUCCAGCCCUGCCAUCAAGAUGGUGGCCAUCUGGGUCUUAGCAUUCCUCCUGUACUGCCCAGCCAUCCUGUUUUGGGAGCACGUGGCUGGACACAGUGUGGUAGCAGUGGAUCAGUGCUACGCCGAGUUCUUCAACAACUGGUACUUCCUCCUGUGUGCAUCCACCCUGGAGUUCUUUGUGCCACUGCUCCUGGUGACCUACUUCAACGUGCACAUCUUCCACAACAUCCAGAGGCGCCAGCGGCGCGGCAGCGUGCAGGACUGUGAGUCUGCAAGGAGCAGCAGCCUGUCCUGGAGGUUUUGUGCCUUGCCAAGGCCAGGGGCAUCAUCUGCUUCAUCAGAAGCAGAGGACAGUGUUUCAUCACUAACGAGGCCAUGGAGACCAGCAGUGGUGGCUAAUGGUCCAUCUCGAACAGAAACUGGCUCCACAGCUCUCAAGAGGAACUUCUCUGCUUCCUUCUGUUCAAAGACUGGAUCAAAACUGCAACGGGACAAGAAAAUAGCAAAGUCUCUUGCCAUAAUUGUCUGUGUGUUUGCCAUUUGCUGGGCCCCUUACUCUUUAUUAAUGAUUAUUCGUGGGGCCUGCCAGGGAACCUGUGUCCAUAACUUCCUGUAUGAAGCAACCUUUUGGCUUUUGUGGAUCAAUUCCUCUUUGAACCCAUUUCUUUAUCCUCUCUGUCAUAUGAGGUUUCGAAUGGCUUUUCUGAAGAUAUUAUGUCCCAAAAAGUUUGCAACAUUGAGAUCUGGUAACACUUUAUAGAGGUGAAAGAAAUGUCUUACAGAUAAGGUUCCUCUGUUAUUUAGUGAUACCUUUUCAUAUGUAUUGUCAGCAUAAAUAGAGGAAAAAGCAAUUUGUUUACUAAUUACAUUGUUUAAGAGUGCAGCAGAGUUAUGUAGUUGCCCUGAUAUUGCUAAUUUUCAGGAUGUCAUUUUUGGUUUUGCUGGUAUGAUGCCAGAUUAAUUACCAUCUAGUGCAUUGAAAAGAAUAACAAGCUUUGCUGGAUGUCCUCUU